AUGUUAUUUAGCCAAAUUAGUAGUCAACAGAAAAAUUAUAGGACAAGUUUGACUGCGGUGCUAGACUAUACUAGAUUCCUCUUUAUGCAAGGAUUGUCACCUCGUAGUCAUGAUGAAUCAAAAGAGUCUCUUAAUAAAGGGAAUCUAAUUGAGCUACUAAAUUGGUAUGCAUCUCGUCGUAAGAAAAUUAAUGAAGUACUAUUUAGUAAUGCUCCUGGAAAUAACCAAAUGACUUCACCAAGCAUCCAUAAAGAUUUGGUUAAUUUUUGUGCUGUAGAGACGACUAGGUGUAUGAUCAAUGAGAUGGGUGAUUCUUUGUUUUCAAUUUUGGUUGAUGAGUCUCGUGAUAAUUCUAUAAAAGAACAAAUGAUAGUUGUUUUGAGGUUUGUUGACAAAAGUGGGCAAGUAAAGAAGCGUUUGUUGGGCAUUUCCCACAUCGCUAAUACUUGUGCCCAAUCACUAAAGGAUGACAUUGAUGUAAUGUUUUCUAUACAUGGGUUGAGCAAAUCCAGCCUGAGAGGUCAAGUUGUUUCCGUGGCACAUAGGAAUGUUAUGCUUAGUGAUUUAUUUAACAUGCUUGCUGUUGUUGUGAAUUUGGUCGGUGCAUCAUGUAAACGUGUAGAUGCUCUUCGAACAAGUUAUCAUUCUGAAAUUCUGAAGAGGCUUAAUAUUGAGGAACUUUCUGGUGGAACUGAUCAGUUUCAAGAAAUGAGUUUGGCACGCCUGGAAGACGGCGUAAGUUUAGAGAAAAAAUCAAUGACCGUAAGACAGAUAGACAAUAUGCAAGAUUUUCAAUUUGUGUUCAGUCUCCAUUUUAUGUUUGAAAUUCUUGCAAUUACAGACGACCUUUCACAAGCCAUACAGAAAAGGGAUCAGGAUAUUCAGAAUGCUAUGAGAUUAUUGAAAUUGUGUAAGUACGCAUUGCAGAACAUGAGAGAUAAUGGUUGUGAUACUUUGUUGAGUAAGGUAAUUGAACUUUGUAUUGAUAGACAUAUUUCAGUGCCCAAUAUGGAUGAUAUUGUAGUAUUGAAAGGUCGACCUAGGCGUGCAACUCAGCAGUUAUAUCCUUUGGAUUUCAAUAGUGAAGAGCUUUUAUUAUUUAGACCUCAACUUGACAAGUUUCUUAUGCUCAUGAGAAUGGAUGAAACUUUCUUCAACCCCAAAAGCAUAUCUUGUGUAGCUCAAAAGUUGGUUGAAACUAAUGAUUUGCGCAACAAAAUGAGAGAUGAAUUGUUGGAUAACAAUUUGGUGGUUUAUAUGAAGAAAGAUCUUUUUAUAAAACUUGAGAAUGAGACAAUAUUGCAACGUUUUCAAAAUAUGCGACCUCGUAGAAUUCAAUUGUCUAAGCUUACAACUAAGAAAUCAGACCAGGCUUUUACGAUCGUUGAUUGUCGAAGAUCAACGGUCAAAGUCAACCUCCGCGAUAGCUUAACAUUGAUGCUGGAUUCGCCACUGACUAAAAUAGACAGAGAACUUGACACGAGUUUGAUGGCUAAAUUGUCGUUUUUCAGUGAAAAGGGUGUCUAA